UUUGUCGCCUGCAGAGCCGGACUACAAAGCCCAGAAUGCCUCGCCCCUCCCUGAUCAAUGAGGGCUUAUUUAAAUGAUCUCUGAGGUCUUGGACCCAGGCCAAUCAGCUGUCAGGGCUCAUGAUAAAUCGCAAUGCAUUAUUGAUAAUAAUAAUUACUGGGACAUGCGCGUUCCGGCCGAAGGGGGGUAAAUUUCCUAACUCCAGGAAUUUGUGGCGGAGUGGACGAAUAACCGCGGUUCUCCCGGCGCCCCGAUGCUCGCACCAUGUCGAGGCGCAAGCAAGCGAAACCCCAGCACAUCAACUCGGAGGAGGACCAGGGAGAGCAGCAGCCGCAGCAGCCGGCUCCAGAGUUUGCAGAUGCGGCCCCAGCGGCGCCGGCGGCGGGGGAGCCGGGUGCUCCAAUAAACCACCCGGGGACUGGCGAUGACAUGAUUGGGGACCGAGUGCCAGCAAAGAGGCCUCGUCGGGAGGAGACUCACAUCUGUGAGAAAUGCUGCGGCGAGUUCUUCAGCUUCUCUGAGUUCUUAGAACACAAGAAAAAUUGCACUAAACACCCACCUGUCCUUAUCAUGAACGACAGCGAGGGGCCAGUGCCUUCGGAAGACUUCUCUGGGGCUGUGCUGAGCCACCAGCCACACAGCCCGAGCAGUAAGGACAGUCACAGGGAGGAUGGCAGCAUCUCAGGGGACAUGAAGGAGAAGCCAGGGGCGGACUCUGUUCUGUACUUAAAGACCGAGACCGCCCUGCCCCCCAACCCCCAGGACUUAAGCUAUUUACCCAAAGGCAAGGUGGCCAACACUAACGUCACUCUUCAAGCACUACGGGGCACCAAGGUGGCGGUGAACCAGCGGAGCGCGGACGCACCGCCCACCCCCCUGCCUGGCGCCCAUAGCAUCCCAUGGGUCCUGGAGCAGAUCCUGUGUCUGCAGCAGCAGCAGCUGCAGCAGAUCCAGCUCACGGAGCAGAUCCGCGUGCAGGUGAACAUGUGGGCCGCCCACGCCCUCCAUUCCGGCACGGCGGGAGCUGACACCCUGAAGACCUUGGGCAGCCACGUGUCCCAGCAGGUCUCCGCAGCCGUGGCUUUGCUCAGCCAGAAAGCUGGAGGCCAGGGUCUGUCUCUGGACACCUUGAAACAAGCCAAGCUACCUCACACAAACAUCCCUUCCACCACCAGCUCUGUGUCCCCGGGACUGGUGUCCUUCGCCCUGAGGCCAGAUGGGUCACGGGUGCUCCCGAACCGCCUCCCAGGUGCUUUGAUACCUCAGGCCCCGAGCUCCGUGCUCUUCCAGAGCCCUUUCUCCACCAUGGCGUUAGAUCCGUCCAAGAAAGGGAAAGGGAAGCCACCCAACGUGUCCCCAGUGGACGUCAAACCCAAAGACGAAGCCACCCUCUACCGGCACAAGUGUAAGUACUGUAGCAAGGUUUUUGGGACUGAUAGCUCCUUGCAGAUCCACCUUCGUUCCCAUACCGGAGAGAGACCCUUCGUGUGCUCUGUCUGUGGCCACCGGUUUACCACCAAGGGCAACCUCAAGGUACACUUCCACCGACAUCCCCAGGUGAAGGCAAACCCCCAGCUGUUUGCCGACCUCCACGACAAAAUGGCAACAGGCAAUGGCAUUCCCUACGCGCUCUCUGUCCCUGUCCCCGUAGAUGAGUCGAGUCUCUCUUUAGACAGCAAGCCUGUCCUGGUACCAGGGACCCCCACUGUAGGGCUACCUCAGAAUCUCUCUUCGGGGACUAACCCCAAGGACCUAAUGGGUGGCCCGCUGGCCAAGGACCUGCAGCCUGGGCCGUCUCCAGAAAGUGAGGACGGAUCCGCGUACUCUGGGGUGGGGCCAAACCAUAACUCCCCGAGGGUUGGCAGCUUCCAAGGGAGAGGGACACCCGAGCCAGGUUCGGAGACCCUCAAGUUGCAGCAGCUGGUGGAGAACAUCGACAAGGCCACCACCGACCCCAACGAAUGUCUUAUUUGCCACCGUGUCUUAAGCUGCCAGAGCUCCCUCAAAAUGCAUUACCGCACCCACACUGGGGAGAGGCCGUUCCGGUGCAGGAUCUGUGACCGAGCCUUCUCUACCAAAGGCAACCUGAAGACGCACUUCGGGGUGCACCGGACCAACGCCUCUGCGAAGACGCAGCACUCCUGCCCCAUCUGCCAGAAGAAGUUCACCAACGCCGUCAUGCUGCAGCAGCACAUCCGCAUGCACAUGGGCGGCCAGAUCCCCAACACGCCGCUGCCUGAGAGUCCCUGUGACUUCUCGGGCCCCGAGCUGAUGGUGGGCGGGGAGGACGGCAGCACCAGCACCGCCUGUCACGAUGACAUCGAAAGCAUUGAUCUAGACGACGUCAGCUCCCAGGAUGCUCCCAGCAGCUCCUCCAAGGUCCCAGUGCCUUUUCCCAGCCUCCACUCGGCAUCGCCCACGCCGGUGUUCACUCUGGCGGCCCCCCUGGACGCCCCAGCGAAGGUGGGUGCCGCUGCCUCGGCCCUGCAGCGGCAGAGCAGCAGAGACAACGGUUCGGUGGAGAGUGACGGCUUGACCAACGACUCGUCGUCCUCCGUGAUGGGGGACCCGGAGUAUCAGAGCCGAAGUCCAGACGUCCUGGAGACUGCGUCCUUUCAAGCCCUCUCCCCAGCCAAUAGCCAGGCAGAGAGCGUCAAGUCCAAGUCUCCGGACGCCGGCAGCAGAGCAGACAGCUCGGAGCACGGCCGCCCUGAGAUGGAAGGUCGGAGCAGCCUCCCGUCGACGUUCGUCCGAGCCCAGCCAGCCUUUGUCAAAGUCGAAGUUCCCGGUGCUUUUGGACCCGCGACCGUGUCCCCAGGCAUGACACCUUUGCUAGCGGCCCAGCCUCGCCGCCAGGGCAAGCAGCACGCCUGCACGAGGUGCGGGAAGAACUUCUCCUCGGCCAGCGCGCUGCAGAUCCACGAGCGGACUCACACCGGGGAGAAGCCCUUCGUCUGCAACAUAUGCGGACGGGCCUUCACCACCAAGGGCAACCUGAAGGUCCACUACAUGACGCACGGCGCCAGCAACAGCUCCGCCCGCCGUGGGAGGAAGCUGGCCAUCGAGAACACCAUGGCUCUCCUGGGCACAGACGCAAAGAGGACCCCGGAGAUGUUUCCCAAGGAAAUCGUGGCCCCUUCCGUGAACGUGGACCCUGCCGUGUGGAACCAGUACACUGCCAUGCUCAACGGGGGGCUGGCCGUGAAGACCAACGAGAUCUCCGUGAUCCAGGGCGGGGGCAUUCCCGCCCUCCCUGUCUCCCUGGGGGCCGGCCCCGUGGUCAGUAACAACACCGCCGUUGCCAAGAUAGAUGGCUGUCCGGCAGCCAUUGGCGCCGACGUGGAAAAGCCGGGGGCCACCGACAGUGUCCCCAAACACCAGUUCCCUCACUUUAUGGAAGAAAACAACAUUGCGGUCAGCUAAGCCAUGGGAGAGCCCGAUCGGAAGGAUGGGAAGGAGAAACACGGGGGGCCGCUGGCCGCUGGCGAACUGGGCCUUGUUCGGUUUUGUUUUUUUAAGGAACCCAUCUCUGUGUUGUGUGUGUGGUUUUUUUUUUUUUCUUUUUUCUUACUGAUGUGCAGACAAUGUUUACAGUUGUGACCACAACCUCAGGCAAGUCCUACAAUCACAAUGUUGCUAUGCUGCUUUGCAAAAAAAAAAAAUCAUACGAAAGCAAAUACAGACUAGUAUUGUUUUGUUUUUGUUUUUUUAAUUUUGGAAAGAAGCGGGUCUUGCAAAGUAGCUUUGUUACUUGAGACAAACUGUAUACUUUGUACAAGCUGGAGUCACUAUUUCCAAAGACUGCCACCUGUUUUCAAGUUGGCGCUCACUGAACCACGAGAGAAAAGACCAAACUGUCUAGCCCAACGGGGGGGAGGGGUGCCGUGUGCUUCUGUGGUGACCGACCGGGUGCGGGUAAAAACUGUGUCUGUCGUUUUUAGGGACCUGCUUGGUGUGCC